AAUUCAAGCAAAGGGUGUCAAAAAAAUGCCCCAUUAACUGCCCCAUAAAUUAUUUGGAUCCUUUACAAUAAAUUUUGAAUUUUAAUCCCAGGUCAUAAAUCUAUAUUUUCAAAAAUGAAGGAUUAUGCUUACUACAUUCCGGGCUAUACAGGUUUCUGCCCUGAGCUCAGUGACCAUUUUGGGGAGAGUUAUGGCAAAGCAACAAAAAAGAUCAUUCGAGACAGACCACACUUGAGAGACAGGCUGUCAGCGGUCCAUUACCACCGCCGUAGUGAUGAUGAGAGAAACAAGUUCAACAUUUACACAUGCGAGAAUAGAAAAGCUAUGUACCAUCCAGAAUACCUCGAUCACUACGAAGGCAUGCAUCGCAUGAAGCCUAAAGAGUAUGUCAUGGCUCCAAUAGUCGAUUAUGAAUAUCGAUGUCCCAAGCAUAUGUUUGUUGAUGGAUGUCCGAAACAUUCAGCUGGUUUCUGGAAUGCAUACGACAGAGGGGACUCGUUACACGUCCAUCACCCCGCUUAUAGAACUCAACCCUGCCCGCAUGGAUUCCAUGUACCAUCUCCAUGCGCCAGGAGAAGGAUCUGUAAGCGUCCUCCAGAUGUGAAGAUUCAGAAAAAGCCCAGAAUCCUGCCCCACAGGCAAGCUGGUGUGAUACCAAAAUACACAGGCCACAUCCCAGGUAUGCAGUUCACCUUUGGAGAAGCUUAUGGCUCCGCAGCAGAUAGACUACUUCGAAGACACCAUGAUACUAUGAUGCAAUUAAAAAGGCAUAUAUAAUGAUAGGAUAGAAAUAAAUUUAAUCCUAAAAAGAGCAAUAUAUUAUUUUAAUUUGAAUAAUUAGAAACUGAUAUAUUUAUUAAUUAAGAACAAUUAACAAGAUUAAAAAUGAGAUGCAUUAUAAUACCCCGGCA